AUGACUCGAAGUUCACACCCUGUUCAUGCGCACAUAUUGGACUUUGACGACGAUUUCGAACGAACUUUGAGAAGGAAGAGGAAGCAGCCAGAACUCAAUCCCUCUAGUUCUAGUUCCGAACCUGAAUCUGAAGCUGAAACGGACUUGGAAGAGGAACAAGACAUGGCUGUAGACAAUCGGACAAUCAAGGAACUUUCAGCCUCUGGAUUGGACACUGCAGUCCCUCUUUGCAUUCAAUACACUGCAGUCCCUUUUGAAGAAGAAAAUUAG